AUGAACGCAGCUGAAUUCAGUGAAGAUGUAGAAGAAGUUGUAAAAAAUAACACUGUGAAAGUGGAGACAGAGGCCGAAGAUGCCGCGCUGGACUGCUCAGUGAAUUCCAGGUCCUCCGAGAAGCACCCUGUGGAUGGCGUCUUCACUGCUCUCCAGGACUCCAGCAAGAGAAAGCCCCUGGGUGGCGAGGGCCCGCUGGACUCAGUCCCGAGUGUGAAGAGGCGGCGGCUUAUUCCCGAGGCACUCCUAGCAGGCAUGCGGAAUCGGGAAAACAGCUCACCCUGCCAGGGCAACGGGGAGCCGGCAAGCCGGGGCAAGAACUUUGGCUCCGUGUGGCCAGGCGAGGAGGAGCCCAGCCACGACGUGAGCACACCUUCCUACAAGAAGCCUCUGUACGGCAUCUCACACAAGAUCAUGGAGAAGAAGAACCCGCCUGCAGGGGACAUGCUCAACACCUAUGAGCUCUCGGAGAAGGUGAACCCCAGCAACAGCCCCUCACCACUGCGGCUCCUGAACGAGACACAGAAGCGGGACACUGGCGGCCCCGCAGCAGCCACCGACAGCGACCCCAACAUCUACUUCCUCAUCCAGAAGAUGUUCUACAUGCUCAACACGCUCUCCUCCAACAUGUCGCAGCUGCACAGCAAGGUGGACCUGCUCUCCCUGGAGGUGAGCCGCAUCAAGAAGCAGGUGAGCCCCACUGAGGUGGUGGCCAAGUUCCAGCCGCCGCCCGAGUACCAGCUCACGGCGGCCGAGCUCAAGCAGAUCGUGGACCAGAGCCUGUCGGGAGGCGACUUGGCCUGCCGCCUGCUGGUGCAGCUUUUCCCAGAGCUCUUCAGCGACGUGGACUUCUCCCGGGGCUGUGGCGCCUGCGGCUUUGCGGCCAAGCGGAAGCUGGAGUCGCUGCACCUGCAGCUUAUCCGGAACUACGUGGAGGUCUACUACCCGUCGGUGAAGGACACGGCAGUCUGGCAGGCCGAGUGCCUGCCUCAGCUCAAUGAUUUCUUCAGCCGCUUCUGGGCCCAGCGGGAAAUGGAGGACAGCCAGCCCAGUGGCCAGGUGUCUGGCUUCUUUGAGGCCGAGCCCCAGGUGGAUGCUGGUCACUUCCUGGACAGCAAGGAGCAGGAGGAGGCCCUGUCCCUGGACCGCAGCAGCACCAUCGCCUCUGACCAUGUGGUGGACACGCAGGACCUCACCGAGUUUCUGGACGAGGCCUCAUCCCCUGGCGAAUUCGCGGUCUUCCUUUUGCACCGGCUGUUCCCGGAGUUCUUCGACCACAGGAAGCUGGGCGAGCAGUACAGCUGCUAUGGGGAUGGCGGCAAGCAGGAGCUGGACCCGCAGCGUCUGCAGAUCAUCCGCAACUACACAGAGAUCUAUUUCCCCGACAUGCAGGAGGAGGAUGCCUGGCUGCAGCAGUGUGCCCAGCGCAUCAACGAUGAGCUGGAGGGCCUGGGGCUGGACGGGGGCAGCGAGGGCGAGCCCCCGCGAGACGACUGCUACGACUCAUCCAGCCUGCCCGAUGACAUCUCCGUGGUCAAGGUGGAAGAUAGCUUCGAGGGCGAGCGGCCCGGCCGGCGGUCCAAGAAGAUCUGGCUGGUGCCCAUCGACUUCGACAAGCUGGAGAUCCCGCAGCCCGACUUUGAGGUGCCGGGCGCCGACUGCCUGCUGAGCAAGGAGCAGCUGCGCAGCAUCUACGAGAGCAGCUUGUCCAUCGGCAACUUUGCCUCGCGCCUGCUGGUGCACCUGUUCCCGGAGCUCUUCACCCACGAGAACCUGCGCAAGCAGUACAACUGCAGCGGCUCCCUGGGCAAGAAACAGCUGGACCCGUCCCGUAUCAAGCUCAUCCGCCACUAUGUGCAGCUGCUCUACCCACGGGCUAAAAAUGACCGUGUCUGGACACUGGAGUUCGUGGGCAAACUCGACGAGCGCUGCCGGCGCCGGGACACGGAGCAGAGGCGCUCCUACCAGCAGCAGCGCAAGGUCCACGUUCCGGGCCCUGAGUGCAGGGACCUGGCCAGCUAUGCAAUCAACCCCGAGCGAUUCCGGGAGGAAUUUGAGGGGCCCCCGCUGCCCCCCGAAAGGAGCAGCAAGGACUUCUGCAAGAUCCCCCUGGACGAGCUGGUGGUGCCCUCGCCCGACUUCCCGGUGCCUUCGCCGUACCUGCUGUCCGACAAGGAAGUGCGCGAGAUCGUGCAGCAGAGCCUCUCCGUGGGCAACUUCGCCGCCCGGCUGCUCGUCAGGCUCUUCCCCGAACUCUUCACCACCGAGAACCUGCGGCUGCAGUACAACCACUCUGGGGCGUGCAACAAGAAGCAGCUGGACCCUACACGCUUGCGGCUCAUCCGCCACUACGUGGAGGCCGUGUACCCGGUGGAGAAGAUGGAGGAGGUGUGGCACUACGAAUGUAUCCCGAGCAUCGACGAACGCUGCCGCCGCCCCAACAGAAAGAAAUGCGACAUCCUGAAGAAAGCCAAGAAGGUGGAGAAGUGA